AUGUCUAAAGUUUCUCGAAAAGACGGUAAAAAACCUCAUUAUUCCUCAAAUUCUCUUCCUGAGCAUAUCCGAAUUCGAGAAUUUCAACCAAAGGACAACGAUGAAAUUCAAAGGAUUUAUGCUAACUCAAUGAUGGACAAUGUCCCAUAUGCUAUCAGUGAUAUCAUGCAGCAUCGUUAUCUUCUUUGUUUAUGGUUAGGUUUAACUUAUUUUACCGUAAAGAAUCAUAGCAAUAUACAUUUACUGUUUAUGCUCCUCGUAUUUUGCGGUUGGGGUUUUUUCCUUUACGUUAAUGUUCGAAGAAUUAUAACAAGUACAAUUUCCUACGAAACUCGACAUGCAAUUCACACUGAUUUGACUAAAAUUUUAGAAAAAUACGGCAAUAAUUUCGUACAGCAACAAACUGAUAAACUUCAUUCACAAGAGAAUAUUGUCGAUACUGUCGAUUCAUUUCAUAAUGAUCGUAUUGCGAAAUUUUGGGUUGCUGUGGAUAAAGAUGCCGGAAAUAAAGUGGUGGGCUUUCUGGAAAUCGUGGACGGUGAAGAUGACGAUCCCCUAAAAAAGCAAUAUAUUAUUGAACCAUAUGCACCUCAUAUAAAGCACUUAUGCGUGGCUACAAAUUAUAAACGGCAAGGAAUCGCUACUGCGUUAUUGAAUCAUGCGAUAAAAUUUAUACAUAAAAAGAAUGCAAAAAGUUUGAGUGUUCUGACUUCCACCUGGCAAGGUCCAGCAAUGGAAAUAUUUUAUCGUUUCGGUUUUAUAGAGGUAAAACGGGGAACUAUGGCCUAUGGAUUUGUUGAAUGUGUAAAACUUAGACUUGAUGUUGAACAAUGGAUUAGGUGCCGUAGAGCACGUAAACAUCGUUCAUCUAUUAGUGACGCGUAA